AGUAAUCUGAGCAGAGAAACCCGAUUCCUUUAAUGAACCAGUUGAAUCUUGGUUUGUUUGUUUGUUUUUCUUUAUUGUGUCCGCCCUGCAGCUUUACAAACGUUGUAAUGUGUUUUUUUGAUUAGAUAAUGCUGUAAUAUUGCGGUUACAAUAAGGCUGGGUGCCAUGAAGUGUGUGAAGCCGGUUAUCUCGGGUCUGAUUUAUACAUCUGUACAGCUGCACUAUGGCUGGAACAACUGUCAGAAGUGAUGAGGUGAUAGAAUGUGACAUGGAUAGAGCUAAGGAGAAAGACAGCUUGGUUCUAGAUGAUUUAACAGGCAAGACAGUGACUAGCACAGCUCCAGGCAGGACCUUGCAGAGACUUAGUCCCAUACCAGAGAUGGAUUCUGAAGAUGCCAAAGCAGCUGCAGCCUCUGCUGGAUCCUCGUAUGCUCUCUCCUCUGUGAAUAGGUGUAGCACUAUCACCUCUUCUACAAACUCCUUACCUGACACUCAGGAUGCUGAAGAUGCCUGUGCGGGGAUCAUACUCAGCUGCCUCUUCUGCCAGUUCUAUGAGCUAUGCCUCACGCUGCCUGACACGUGUAAACGUGCUGCUAAUCAAAUCUGCCCAGCCUGCAGCUAUUUGUUUGCUCCAUUAGAGCCAGCCCAAAGCAGCGACUGGAACUGGUACUGCGACAUUGACUGUGGCUUGUUUGAUGCCUGCCAGGAUACCGCCGAUUGUCUUGAGUUAGCCAUGGAGAUUUCCGAGAUUUGUUACCGUUAGCAUACUAGCCAACCCGAUAAACUGGGCUGUAGAAAUGGACUACAGGGCCGAAGCCGAUGGGUAAUGCAGAAUUGUCAAGUAUUACUGCAUAUAUAUCGAGCAAUGUGAGUGUCAAAUGAUAUAGUACAUAAACAUCAACUUAGAAUGUAGUAUGUCUGUAAAAUUGCCUAAAUGUAAUGAUAUGGUUUGGCAUGGUGAACUACACAAAGAACCUUUGAAGAAACACAAAGUAGAAAAAAAUGGAGAAAUGAUGCAAUAUGCUAACACAAGCUCACAUGCAUGGUGACUGUCAUGGGGAGGUUAAAAUCAUGUUAUUCUUGAGCAUGCAGCAUGAGAUGUUAUUUCUGUAGGACACAUGUCUUUCUAGAGUCCAUCAAUCUUUGUUCUCUGUUCAGGAAGACCACUCACUUUAGUGCACAUUGAUAGCUAAGUUGAUAAUUUCUGCCACAUUUGGGCAUUUGACAAGCAUGUGGACACCUGACCGUCAUGCCCAUAUGUGCUUAAUAAACAUCCCUUUUUAACAUUGGUCCUUUCUUUGCUGCCCUAGCAGCUUUUGAUGGUUUUGUUCCAUGGUUUUGUUUCUGGUGGUGUUCCAAUUCUUAGUGGUGCACUCAAGUUCUUAAAUUUUUUUACAUGCCAUGCUGGAAUAUUUUUGUAACCUUAGUUCAAGAGGAGGGAAAUAUAAAGACAUUCUACAGCAUAAAAAAAGACAUUGUAGACAAUUGCUUCCAAAUUAUUGGCAGUUGUUUGGGGAAGACCCAUAUAAGGUGUAAUGGUCAGGUGCACACAAACUUCAUUGCUAUAUUUGUGUAUAGUGUAUAUACAGUUAAAAUGUGUGUCUUACCAGUAAUUCAAGAUGAGUUCAAUGCGUACCAUCUUCAUCAGUUGUGUGAUUUUAACCAACCAUGUCAAAAAAUUCUUUACAACAAGAAGGUCAGCAAUUUUUGAAUUACUCUAACACAGCUCUCAGGAGCUUUCAUGUACAGUUUGUUCUGAAUAUCACUGUAGAAUCAAAUGUUGAGUUAGUCUGUGUUUACAUAUUGAUAUUUACUAAUAACUCUACAAUUUGUUCUGAAACCUUAGUGCAGUUUGACUACUCCAAAACUGCAAAUCAGCAUGUCCCUUCAGAAAAAAAGACAACUAGCCAAUUUUUACUCAUUUGAACCUCAUUUCCAAUGUGUAAAAGCAUUUAUCAAAGAAAAACGAAUAUUUCUCUGACAGAAUCCAGCUCAUUGCCUGGUGUGUAAACCAAUGCAUUGCAUGAAAUUGUUUCUAAGCUCAAUUUUAACUGCAAAGAGAUAUAAUUGGUACUGCAUUUAUUUCAAUGCUCUCUUUUUAAAUAAUUGAAUGCGAAUGCUGCAUAGCCUUACUGAUGCACGUUCAACAUUACAUGCUUAGUCUGUUUCAAAACAAGGUCUCAGGCCAUGUCCAAUUUGCUUUUUGCGUAAGUAAUUAUAAAAACCCAGCUUAUUAUGGUGCCAUAAAAUAACUUAUUGUGUCCCACUGUGGUUUUUUCCACACCAGUCAUGCUUGUGCAAACAGAUGCUUGGUUAAACCAAAAACAUCUGUAUGUCUUAAACUUUUUGGAUCCUUGUCAAAUUUCCUGAUAGCUUUGGGAGUCACAUGGGCUGUUUAGAUUUUCUAAUGGUUUUACACAUGGUGUGACUUUUCCUAUCAUCUGCUCCAAUUUUGUCUUUUUUUUUUUUUUCUGAUGUAUAGAGCAACUUGCAAUCUGUAAGUGCUUCUUUGGGAUUUGUUGUAGUGUAUUACAGUUUGCAAAGAAGAAUGAGCCAUAGAAUGGGGCCAUUAUUGUAAAAUAGUACAAAAUACAGAUAGACAAUCAUUUGUUUUAUUUUGUCAGGAACAAGCAGUCUCUGUUCGUCAUGCUAUCAUGUUUACAUGUUUGUUUCUUUUUUAUUUUACCUGUAAUUGGUUUUUUUUUUUUGUUGUUUAUUGUUACCCAGCUCUGUGUUCAUAUAAUUAAAGAGAGAUAAGAGAAGGCUGUCCUGUGAAGUGCACACUGUUUUUUUCUUUUGUUGUUUUUUUCAUUUUUUUUCAAAACCUGCACUGCUCUCCUGUGCAGUAAAACUCAAUGAAAUAUUAACAAUGUCCAUUUAUAGUAUUUUUUUAAGCAUUUGUGUCUCACCAAAUUUUUUUAAACCCAUGUUCUUUAUGGAAAUACACUCCCAAUGCUUAAUGUGUGCUUGACAUUUGGUUCUUAUAAGCUUUUCGUGGUUAAGAUGUACUACACUUACACAGUAAUUUUGUCUGUUGAUGCUGUUGAUGCACUUAUAGUCGAGGCAUAAGUAGUAGUUGAACUGGUGUUGUGUUUUUAUAAUAUUUUAAAGUGCACAAUAGAGUGAUUGGAUGAGAUAAAUGUUUUAAUGUUCUGUUUAUGAAGGGUCAGGUCUGACCAAUUAAAAAAAAAAAAAAAUUUUAAAGCCGGUAUUAUCAAGAACACUUGUGAUGAUUUGUGUUUUAUCAGAUGCUAUAUCUAAUUAAAGCACAGAAUGUAUAUGAAGAAUUAAUAAAGAAACUGACAGGAUUAA